UGAGAAAGCAUUGGCUGCAACAGGAGACAGGGGAGUACAGUUGGCAUCGGACUGGUUACUUUCACAUGUGCAUGACCCUUUAUUAGACCAACACUUGCCAAGAGAUUAUGUGCUUUAUGCUUGCCCAUCAGGACAACUUGGACUCCAGCUCCAGGACUUCUGGGAAAAAACACUGGCACAGUGUGGUAGAAAUGGUGCACAUAAUAUAUUUCCACACGUCACAUUAUGUUCAUUCUUUCUGGUACUAAGAGUUCUAUACCCACAUAUGCCAAGAAAUUCAGAUGAGUUAGAGUUAAUAAACGAUGAUUACAUAUUUAUGUCAAGUGACGAAUACACAAACAGCACAGAUGGCUGGUUUAAAGGUACAUCAUGGUUAACAGGAUGUUCAGGACUCUUUCCUGGUAACUACACUGAGAAGUCUUCACAGUCCGAUACAUGGACGUUGCACAGAUUCCUGCCUCUCACAUGUACAAAAUCACAUGCUACAAACCAAACAAAUCAAUCAUCAAGUAAUCACAUAGAAGAUGCUCCGUUUGGCUCGGAUGAAUCAAGGGGUAGUAAAUAUGUAUCUUCAGAAGGAUUAUUUAAACAAAAUGAACCAAUAUAUGCAAAAGUAAAUAAACAAAAGAAAGUGAAUGCUGUAAGCACUUCUGAACCAACAAAGACAGAACCAAGGAACUUGUUUUUAUUUCGUCAUGCAGAACGAGUUGAUGUGACAUUCGGUCAGCAAUGGCUGCAACUCUGUUUUGAUGGAACAGGUAAAUAUAUAAGGAAGAAUUUAAACAUGCCACAAACAGUGCCUAAUAGACAAGGUGGUGUUAAGUCCUUCAGUCGGGAUUCCCCCAUAACAGAGAUUGGUUUGUUCCAAGCAAGACUAACAGGUGAGGCAAUGAAGGAGGAAGGCAUCAAGAUAACACAUGUGUUUUCAUCACCGGCACUUCGAUGUGUACAGACGGCGGAUGCCAUUCUUCAAGGAAUGAGUGCUGAGAGCUCGCUUAAAAUUCGAGUAGAUCCUGGUCUGUUUGAGUGGUUGGCAUGGAGUCCAAUUGGAGUCCCUAGUUGGAUGACUCCUGCUGAGAUGGCUGCCUUUGGACUUAGAGUCGAUAUAGAUUACAAGCCUUUUGUUGCUGCAAAGCUGUUGGAUCCGAAAGAGAAAUGUGACCAUUAUUACAGACGAAGUCACACAUUUACACAGAAUGUUUUAAAACUUUGUGAGCAUACGGGUGGUCAUAUUAUGAUGGUGGGACAUGCAGGUACAUUGGAUGGAUGUGGUAGGCAGUUACAAGGUCUAUCACCGAGAAACCCAGCUGACUUUACAGGAAUUGUACAAAAGGUUCCAUAUUGCGGUGUGUGUACCCUGGAAGAGAUCAAGACAGCUGGUAUAUGGGAUUUGGUUCAAACUCCUUUUCCUACGCUAACUCAUGGUCCAAACCCAAGUUUCUGCAACCUCGAAAUGCGUUGGCGAUUGAUAAAAUGGGCCGCAGUGUUUAUAAUGAUGUGCGCACUGUUUAUAUUGACCUUCUGGUACUACCAGGAUAUUGUGAUGACAAAUACCGAAAAUGGUGCGAUAAUAAAAGCAUCUUCGGAUAUUGCAAUGACUGUAACGCUAACUACUGAGAUAACAACAUCUCCAAAUAUCGCAAUGCCUGUAAUUCAAACUACUGAGAUGACUGCAUCAUUUGAUAUUGGGUCGACAGCAGAUACACGGAUGACUGCACUGAAACAAGUCCCGCCAAUUCACGUGUUAAUAAAUGCUAGAAUGCGUACAGGAUCAUCUUUGACUGGCCGUUAUUUUUCGAAACGUCCUGAUACGAUGUUUCUUUACGAACCGGAACUCACUUUACGGUACAACAUGUCUCUACGUUACGAUUUGUUUAACGACAGUGCAGCACAAAUAGAGGACAUCCAAACCCCGUUCUACGAAUUGAUUGGAGGGUUCUUUGAUUGCGAGUAUACUAGACGCCCGGAGCUGUUUCAUUUCAUGGAAGGAAAUGACUGGGCAAAAUCAAAGAAUGGUCUUGCUCACCUUCAAGGCGCUGAUUAUAAUGCUAAACAAAUAUCUAAAAAAUGCAAGACAAAGACUCAUCGUGUGGUGAAGACGGUGCGGAUAAAUGAUAUUUCCAAAGGCUUGGAAAUAUUAAAACAGUACAACGUGAAAGUCAUUCAAGUUGUUAGAGAUCCCCGGGGAAUGAUAAACUCGAGAAUAAAGUUUGAAAACUUAGAUUCGCAAGAAAAAAAGGGGCUAAGCAUGAAAAAAAUCAGUGAGGCUAGUAAAAAUUACUGUAUAUGGUUAAACACAAAUAUAAAUGCUGUUCUGGUCGGUCCGGAAUGGUUAAAGAAAAACUAUAUGAUCGUGCGAUACGAGGACCUGAGUACAAAACCGCGCCAAAUCGUACCGAAGAUGUACGAAUUUGUAGGUUUGCCAUCGAAUGAUACAAUUAUAAAGAGCGAGAGAUUAGGCACAGGACAUACAGAUGCAUGGCGGUACAGUUUACCUUUCAACCAAACACACAUUGCGCAAAAUAACUGUCCUGACGACAUAUUUGAAAAGCUAGGCUAUGUGAAAGUUCAGAAUGAAAUCCAACAACGUAAUGAUUCAUUGUCGCUUGUGACGUCACCACAUAUCAGUAAACUGAUCAGCCUGGCUUAG